AUGUGCCGCGCGUGGGCCUCGCCGUGCAAGCCAGCUCAACAAACGGAUGAUUUGCGUAGGAUAAAUUCAGCGCGUGCAUCCGGCGGCACCUACGUGGCCAACGGCACCUACCAAGCCAACCUCCAGCUCGUUGCCGCGGCGCUCCCCGCCAACGCCUCGGCCACGCCGGCCGGCUUCGCCGUGGGCACCGUUGGUGCGCUUCCUAACCAGAUCUCCGCGCUGGCGCUGUGCCGCGGCGACACGGGCGCACCAACCUGCCGCGCGUGCGUCGCCGACGCGUUCCCCGGCGCACAGCAGGCCUGCCCCAACAGCAAGGACGUCACCGUCUACCAGGACGCCUGCAUCGUUGGCUUCUCAGACCAGCGGUUCCUAGACUUCCCCGGCGUGAACUCGCCCUAUGCCGUGUCGUCGUGGGACUCGGACAACCUCACGGUUCCCGCGGCCUGGUUUGACGCCGCCGUCGCGGCGCUUAUGAACGCCACGGUCGACCGCGCUGUGAGUGUGACCGCGGCAAGCAAUAACUCCUCCGCCAGGCAGUAUUUCGCGACGGGCGUGGAGGACUUCGACGCGGAGCAGUACCCGAAAAUCUACGGGCUGGCGCAGUGCGUGCCCGACAUGACGGCGGUGCAGUGCCGAGGCUGCCUCGGGAGUCUCGUCGCGUCGAUGCCGGGGUUCCUGGACGGGAAGCCCGCGGGGAGAUCUCUUGGUGUGUGGUGUAACUUGAGGUACAGCGUGAGUCCUUUCUACACGGGCCCUGCGAUGCUGCACCUCCCGGCUCCGGCUCCGGCGCCGGCGCCAGCACCCACGGCUGUGCCCUCAGUUGUUGCUCCAAAGACCGGAGCAGGAGUAAGAUUGCCAAAAAGAAUGGUCGCAGUCGCUCUGUGCAUAAAACUCAGCACUGUAGGAUGGUGGUUAAAAACAACACAUGCCAAUGUUCCAAAGGUAUGGAAAUGCUGGAUGGCAUCGCAGUUAGUGGACCAAACCCUCGAUGGAUUCUCUCGAACCCAAGCGCUAAGAUGCAUCCAAAUUGGGCUGCUCUGCGUCCAGUCUGAUCCUGACGACAGGCCUGAUAUUUCAUCCGUCUAUUCCAUGUUGACAAGGGACAGCAUGGAGCUCCAGGCACCGGCACAGCCUGCGUUCUUCUUCUGGAGAGCCUCACCUGUUGUUUCUCAGCCGUAUGAGCAGCAACACUUUUGUGGUUAUGACCGGUCUGAUGUGAUCUUCCAAGAAGGUAUCACAGUGAACGAGGUCACACUCACUGAUCCAUAUCCUAGAUAA